UAGAAUCAAAUUUGUUCGAAAUGAAAAAUUUCGUAAAAAUGGCAUUUGAUUCUUUGGCUGGAAAAAAAUUUCGUCCAUUACCAAAAUUCGAACGAUAAAAGUAAUCGAUACAUGCGUAAUAAAGUCACGCGGAAACUGUUUCGAUGAAAUAUAUGGGUAUUACACAAAUUUAUACAUGUUAAAUGCCCAAAAAGAUUAAUUGAAGAAAAAAAUACCACGUUUCGUCAUAAUAAUAUGUAAUACACGGAAAUCAGCCUUAAAGAGAGAGACGUGCUAUCGUCAGUUGCAUGACAUACGGGAAUUAUUACGGAUCAGUGUUACUGUUAGGUUUUUAGAGAUGUUGUUUCUAGUUUCCGCGAAGAAAAACAGAUGAAUUUGGUUUUUGCCCGGUAAAUUAUCGAGGGGAGAAUAUUUUAAUGUCGACAAACUAAAAGGCACAAUGCCAUGGAUUGCUGUUAUUUCAACAGAAAUGGAAGUCUUGCAUCUGAAAAUGAGUGUCCAGAUGUCCCUAGUCCAGAAAUGUUUGACAGUGAUAAUGAAGAAGAUAAGCAAAACAAUGAAACACUAACAAAUGAUGUGGUGCCAGUAAUAACUACCCCAGAGAAACCAUCUCAGGCAGACUUGGUUGCUAAGUCUGAUUAUAGUUUAUUAGCAAAAAUUAAUACAUUUUUAAGUGGUGUACCUCCACCACCUAAACAUACAAUUUGCAGAACUGAUUGUGCAGAAUUUCUGUUACGUAUUUAUGAAAAUCACCACUUGUUUUGGACACCAGAUGUAUUAUCAAAGAAACAAUCGCCACAAAGUAUAAAUCAGGAAUCUUCAGAGCAACAGAAAGAAAACAUUGGUACAAACAAUGCUUACCAGCGUGCCAAAAGCACAUCUAGAAAUUUAUCUACUGCUUUUGAUGCUUGUGAUCCACAAUGUCCAAGUAAUGUUAGUAAUAGUGUAGACACAACAGAUGUUCAGAGUAACAUUUGUGAUGAUAAUUUUAGAAUAGAACAAAUAGUUCCUAGCGAUAAAAUUGAUGCAGAAAAUGAUAAUAAAUGCGCGACAAAAGUUUUAAAUGCUGAACAGAUACAACUACCACCAAGUGAAAUAAAAGCAGAGCAAGUAUCUUUUGUCUCUGAGCAAAAGCAAUUGCUUCUUUAUUGCACUAUCAAUGAAAGAGAAGUUGCUGCUUUGGCAUGGCCUGAAGCAUAUCAUCACAAAUUUUAUGGGAUCCAUUAUAACAGAAAUAGAGCAGUAGAAGAAUUUGAAAACCUUACAAUAAAACUAUGUGAAAGAUACAUAGGAGUUGAGACUCAAUCUACUUGCACUGUAUGGUUUUCUAAGCAAGCACCUGGAAGUGCAAAAAAACGGAAUCUUUUAGCGAAACGUGAUAAUGGCCAGAGUCCAGGAAAGAGAUUAAGUCAUUUGACGCGAAGACGAAGAACAUUUUCUAGUGCAAAUUUGCAAGGUUUAGCGCUCAACAAUAAGAAACUACUAGUGUUAAAUAUUAAAAAACCCACCAUUAAGAAAGGCAAAAGUCCAAGAGGGAAGAGUCCACGUGGGAAAAGUCCACGAAUCAAAAGCCCAAGAGGGACCCCCAGGAGUUCAACAAAAAAAAAAGUAUCUCGCAGGCUUGUUUUAGACGGGCCCAGUCCGGUAAAGUCAAAAAUAGAAACGUCAAAGCGUGCCCUCUUUCAAAGCCCCCCUGAUCGAGCCGGGCCAAGCAAAUUUACAUCUGGAUCGAAUUCUCAAACCAUUAAACGCACGCUAUUUACGCAAGUAGCAAAGGAGAAUAAUUACGAAGUGAUUAAGAAGAUAGAAGAAUCGAGGAAAAGAAAGAACGAGGAGGAGUUGGAGGGUCCUCGAUUCAAGUGGCCAAAGAGCUUGUCCUUUGACUGUUCCCACGAAUUGCAUAGUAACACGGUAUCUACGUGGGACCGGCACUCGUCUAGUAACAUAAUUGAAAAAAGUAAUCAGUCUUACGCCGCAUCAAGACACGAACUCAGUGACGCGCAUAGAAAGAAAUUACUAUGGGCGGUAGCGGAAGCUUUACGAAGUAAAGGAAUCGGCAUGACUCACCCACAAUUCAAGUGCUACGCGACAAGUUUAGCGCGCACCAUAAAGAAAUAUAUGCCAGACCUUGAAAAUAGAAAUAUUCCUCGCAAGCCAGGGAGUACAAGUGAUCGUAUGUUAAAACUAGCAACACAUCACGUUUUAUAUGUAAUCGCGGCAGGGCCAACAGACUGACA